CAUCGUUUCCAUGUUGAAACUCGAUUGCUUUUUGAAUUUCAAAAAGAAUUUCAUACUGCUGAUGAUAGGUGCUUAUACUCAUUAAUAUUUAAGAACCAUCUUAUAAUGGAACUAACUGACUGAAAACGACUAUGUAAAAAAAGUAUUUACGCCUCACCUAUGUGUAUUACGGUAACCCGGUCUCUCACUCCCCUGCAUCUACACUCACAAGUAGAUUUUCAAUGCUAGGUACGAAAGCCGCAAGCAGGACGUAGGGACGUAUCUUGUUUACUUUAAUUCAUUACAUUUCCAGUCUUGUUUUCUCCAUAACUACGUAAUUAUUCUAAUCAUUGUCUGUGUGGUAAUUUUGUUCAGGAGUGCGUCACGGCGACAAUCUUUUUUAAAAAAUUAUUAUUAUUGUUAUUAUAAUUUUUCACCACAGCGCCCGUUCAUCAGUCGUCUUCCAUUCAGCAAGCGUUUAUUGGUUAUAUCAUGUUUUAGUAGUUUGCACGUGUAGUCGGUGAUAUUAGCAGUUUAUUAGACGUGGUUAUUCGUUGUGACGCUGCCGCUUUUGCUUCAUCGAGUCCUGAACAGCCGCCGUUCAUGCCAGAUCUGCAGCGCUUCAGCUUUCCGUGUAGUAUGAACCCGCUGCUGGGCCACAGCUUGCCUGCUGCUCAUCCGCAUCCGCAGAGCUCAGAAAUGCUCAGCCAUCCGGACUCGCCCUCCGCUGUGUUCCCGGAGGCUCUUCUAACGGCUCCCCACUCCUCCAUUCUCCACCUCGGUGAACAGCCCGGACUGAUCGCGGAUGGCGUUUCCCAAAGCGGUUUAGUCUAUCUGCCCCUCGGUGCGUCUCUGCACCGGGCCGUGCCGCCUCCCCCCGCAGCCAUGGCCUUACGCAACGACCUGGGCUCCAACAUCAGCGUCCUCAAGACCCUCAAUCUGCGCUUCCGCUGCUUUUUGGCUAAAGUGCAUGAGCUGGAGAGGCGAAACAAAAUCCUGGAGAAGCAGCUGCAGCAGGUGCUGGAAAGCAACGAGCUCGCUUGCGGCGAGAGCAAAGACACCGGGGUGCAGACCGGCUUUGUGGGGCCCAUUCCCCUGCAGUCUCAAAACACCAACAAUUCCGCCAAGAGACCGACUACUUUAUUCACACCCCCGCUUACGACCGUGCUUAAACUCGAGCCUGAUGACAAGACUCGGGCUUUAGCUUAUGAUUCAAGCUCCAACCCGGCUGUCAGCUCGUGCGCGCCCAGCAAAGCGGCCGCGGCCAACACCAAUAACUCCAACAACGCACCUAAUCUGAACGGUGCUGCAGCCAGAAGCGGCCCUAAUCCGCCUAACCGCUUUCUGCCCGGCACUAUCUGGUCGUAUAGUCCCAGCCGGAAGUGGCCCGCGAACUCGGAGCCGCGGGCGAUCACCAGCCCCGGAGUAUCAUGGGUACACCCGGACGGAGUCGGAGUGCAGAUCGACACCAUCACCCCGGAAAUCAGAGCCCUCUACAACGUGCUGGCCAAAGUAAAACGGGAGAGGGACGAGUACAAACGCAGAUGGGAGGAGGAAUACACCAUGAGAGUGGAACUUCAACAGAAGGCCACAGAUUUGCAGGAGGACCUGCAGGAGAGUGAGGUGUGUCAGGAUGAGCUGGCCCUGAGGGUGGAGCAGUUGAAGGCAGAGCUUGUCCUCUUCAAGGGUCUAAUGAGCAAUAACCUGAGCGAGUUGGACAGUAAGAUCCAGGAGAAAGCUAUGAAGGUGGAUAUGGAUAUCUGCAGACGCAUCGAUAUCACAGCUCGUCUCUGUGACCUGGCACAACAGAGGAACUGUGAGGACCCCAUCAAGAGCUUCCAGGUUGCCAGUCCGCAGUCUUCCAUUAGCUGUCGUCCACGGAAACAGACAAUCCAGCCUGCUUAUGGCAGUGAGACCGAUGAACCGACCAGCACCUCAGAAAGUGAUGGAGGUGGAGUGAAAGAGGAGAAUGUAGGCACCACCUCAGCUACUCAGAUCAAUGAAGAGAUGCAGAGGAUGUUGUAUCAGUUGCGUGAAUGUGAGUUUGAUGAUGACUGUGACUCUUUGGCAUGGGAAGAGACUGAGGAGACCCUGCUGCUUUGGGAGGAUUUCCCAGGAUGCACUCUGACCACAGACCCAAGCCAUAGUGAGCAAGAGGAAUGUCUUGAGAAAGUGAUUAAAGAUACAGAGUGCCUGUUUAAGUCUAGGGAGAAGGAGUAUCAGGAGACCAUUGACCAGAUUGAGUUGGAGCUGGCCACUGCAAAGUCAGACAUGAACAGGCACUUGCAUGAGUACAUGGAAAUGUGCAGUAUGAAGAGAGGACUGGAUGUUCAGAUGGAAACAUGCAGGAGACUCAUUACCCAGACUGGAGAGAGUCAUUCCCCAUGUCCUGGCCCUGGUGGAGGCGUAGAAGCAAACGAUGGGACAGGAACAGAGAAGACUGUAGAGGGAGGAAGAUAAUAAUGAACAACUUGAUAAAGAAAAAAGAACAAGAGUUGUGAAGCUUAUUCAUAACUCUCGUCUCACUGUUAAACCUAAGCCAUAUUUAUCCCACAGGUUCUGGUGCAACACUGCUCAACUCAUGCUUUUCCCAAUGAAUAGACUACUUAGACUCUUAGACCACUAAUUAUUAAAAAAAAGAAAAAAAUCAGGGGCCAAAUGAAAUCAAUAUUACCUCAUAAGAGUCACAUGAAUUUGUUUUUGCAGUACAGUUUUGCGGACAUUGACUAACCCCUGAUGAUAGUAAUUGAGACUGAUAGACCUAACAAUUUCAGGAACCUAUUUCAUGGAUCAUGGAUUUCAUGGAUAUUUCAAGUAAUGUAAUUCUUGUCAUUAUAGGACACAGUUACCUUGCAGAAGUAUCUGUGAGUUCAGGAUCUAACUUGGGAAUUUUUUGCUCUCUAUACAACUGGCCUCAUAUGUACCUCUGCUGUAAAAUACUUCAUACUGUUUGCCAUAAUAGUAAAUGUACAGAAAUAGUCUUGCUGACAUCUAUAUGAUCAUAGCUCUGUUUCGUGCACUGUGGUUGUGAAAUAACUUUGCAGAUGUGAUCACUAAAGUUCACCGUCAGUCAUCAUUGUCCACUCACGCGCCAUUUUUUGAACUGAAAAACUAACCUGCGCUCAAGCAUUAAUGAGAACAUUUUUCUGUCACAGAUAUAGAGUAACCUGCUUUGGACUGUUGUAUAAUCUUGAAAGAAAAUCAUUUAUAUUCUUGCAGUGAUCUUUUAGAUCUGCAUAAUAGUUUAUCUCCGUCUCUGAGGGCAUCACCUCGGACAAAAAGCUUUUGCUGAAAUCAUUUCUUCCUUCCACAAUACACAAUAAGGCUGGUCAAUCAAAUCAAGCAUUUUCAACACCAGCAAAGUGACUUAUACCUCAUCCGUCUACAUCAUUCGAAGAAAAAAUGACUAAAUCUUCUUAAGUGAAUUGGAGUAAAUGCUGAAUCCAAACUGUUUGGCUGACCAAACUGAUCUCAGUACAAUACUAAAAUAAAUAUCAUUGUGUUCUCCUAAAAUUUGCCGAAAAUGGCAGACAUUACGCAGUUUGAAAGAUGGGCCCAAGUUUCCAGAUAAGCUAUUCUGAUGUAUAUAUGACUCAUAAUGUCUAAAUUGACAUAUUACAUACUGCUAAAGGAAAUGAACUUCUACAUGAUGUGCGUGGGUGUAAGCAUGUUUUGUACUGGAGUCUACUGCACUAAUAUGGAAUUGAAACUGAAUUAGAGUUUGUAGAACUAAAAUGCAGAACGGGAUACAGCAUGAUGAUUUGGUUUCACAUGUUCCAACUGACAUAAGGUGGCCAGGAUGGUUAUAAAUAUAUCAGUGCUACUCACAGAUACUCUGGAACAUUAAAUCGUUCGAUUGUAGGGAGACGACUGUAGAGGGAUAAAAAAAAAGAUGAUUGUAGAUGAAUAAAAAAAAAACUGAGGCAACCUGAGGCAUCAUAGAGAUAAAACACUGCACUGCGCUGCUGCAGUCCUUAAUGUAGUUGGAAUAAUAAAUGUGCCAAAUGUGACAUGAGCGUCAGGCAAAAGGCUUUCAGCAGUAUAGAAAGUCAGGACCCUAUGCUUCCAUACAUGGUGCUGAUCCCCAUCUUGUAAAUAUUUGCUUUACUAAGGCAAAGAGUAAAAAUCUGUAAUAUCUGUAUGUAAGCUAUAUGAGUAUUGUGCAAUAAGAAAAGUGCGAAUGGCUUUUAAUGUAAUGUUACUGACAGCGCAGUAGGUUUAAAGCAUAUUCAGAUUUGCUUUGUCUCCAAAACAUGUUUUUGUCCAUUUUCAGCUUCUGUCCUCUUAUCUGGUUCUGUUUUCACUCUUGUUUUAAGUCAUCACUUUCUUUUAAAAGCAGAUUCACCUAGUCACUGUUCUUGUCCUGUUAACAGUUAUUUUUAGUGUAUAAAGAUCUCCUAAUUUGAGUAAAGGUUUCAGACAUCUCCUUUAUAUGGCUUUGCAGAAAUCUGGCUUGCAGUCUUGUGCUUUUAAGUUGUUGAAUACUUUAACACUCAAACAAAAAGAGAAACAUGACUCUCAUUUUGUUCAAAAACUCCCCUCUUUUCUUUUUUUAAUUUAUUUGUUGCCUCAGAUUGUGUUUUUCUGUGAGUGUGUGUGUGUGUUCUGAUUUGCUCUGUUGUGUGAAUACAUUCUUCACAGGAACUUACUUGUUGUUUACUGAAAUAGGAAAGCCGUUUGGUGAUUGUAUGAUCCUGAAUGUCUGUAGCCAAAUUACUGUGCAAAAUUUUCAGUUGUCGAUUGUACAUGUGGAAGUUAUGUUUAAUACUAUUAGUACCAAAUCUAAACCAGCUUUAGAAGUAUGAGGUACUUUUCAGAAACAAGAAGUAAUGUCCUCAGGGUGUGUUCACCAAAGUUUAAACAUGUAAUAGAGAAAACAAACAAAAGCAAAGGAAAAAUAAGAAUGCUUAUUCAAAAUGUUGGUAUGACUGCUAUGAUGUUGUAACCUAGAGGAAAUCAAUAAGGAUAUUUAGUAUAAAACUGAUGACAAUUCAUGCGAGUCCACUAUCCCUGUCAGAAGAAUAUUUCAUUUCACUUUAAUGUAGUUGAAACAAAAUGUAUUUGUUGAAAUAUUUGGCUGUAAUAUCCAGAAUGUUAAGUAGGAUCCAUAUUUAGCUGUAUACCAGAUUAGGAAGUAAUUAAGAAACUCUUGACUAUGAUAUUUAAAGGGAGGGCAAAAGGUAGGCGGUGUAUAGCCGAACCACACAGCAACGUUUUGCCCAAUUUAAAUCAAUCUUUUGACAGGGUGAAUGGACUCAUUAACAUGUAUGUAUCUAAAGGCCAAACAUGAGUUGCCUGCUUUAACGAGUGCUGAAAGACUGGAGCUUUAUAAAGACUUGAAAAAUAAAAGUUAAUGCUAAGCAGA